UCACAUAUGGAGAGGUUUGGAAUGGAGAACGAUUACGAGGACGGCCAAUGGAUCGACGGCGAGUUCUUCUACCGUAAGCGCAAGGAGAGACGCGUACAGUCCAAAGACGAUGCCCUGUACGGCUACUCCGAUGAAGAAGAUGAAGAAUAUUCAGACGGAUCCAGAAAACGCAGGAAGAAAGAUCGCUACGUCGACUACACCAAGCCCAUUAAAUUUGUCUCCACUGAAAAGCUGGACAACAAUUCCGAUCAGAAGAAAACUGAUCACGGCACUCCUGUCAUUGGCUUUAACUCGACUGGCAUGCGCGAUGAAGCUGAAGAUGAUGAUGAUGAUGAUGAUGAUGAUGGUGAUGGUUUUCUGGCGACAGAGUUUGGGAGGAAGAUAAAGGACGGAGCUGAGAGGAGACGUACGAAGAAGGAAAAGCUGAAAUUCAAGAAUGAGAUUAGAAAAUGUGAUGGAGAUGAAGGAGGCAUUGGGGAUUUGGAGAAACACACCAAGGGCAUAGGAAGGAAGAUGUUUGAGAAGAUGGGGUACACAGGAGGCGGACUCGGGAAGAAUCAGCAAGGCAUUGUGAGCCCUAUUGAGGUAAAGUUGAGGCCGAAAAAUAUGGGCAUGGGUUUCAAUGACUACAAGGAAACAGAAACCAAGCUCCAGAGUUUGCUAGAAGACAAACCUAACAAGCCUACAACCUUAAAACAGAAGCCUUCUUGGAAGAAGAAGAUGAGGACUAGCAAGGAGCAUUAUCUCUCUGCCGAGGAGUUUAUAGCCAAGAAGCAGGAAGAGAGUGAUUCCAGUCUUUUUGUUCACAAUGUCAUUGAUAUGCGCGGACCUCAAGUUCGAGUGUUGAGCAAUUUGGACGAUUUGAAUGAGCGAGAGGAAGAUACAGAAGAUGAAGGUGCUUUCAUGCCGGAGCUACAGCACAAUUUGAAGUUGCUUGUGGACUUGGCUGAGCUCGAUAUCAUGAAACUUGAUAGGGAUUUGAGGUAUGAGAGGGAGGCAGUAAUUAGAUUGAAGAAUGAGAAAGAGAGGCAGAAGCAACAUUUGGAUAGUAUGGAGAGUAUUCAGACUGUGUUGGACCAACUGGAGGAAGAGAAAUCCAUGGGAACAUUGACGCUGGACUCGCUUGCAAAUAGCUUUGGUGAGCUCAAGAGACGGUAUGCAGAUGAGUAUAAGUUGUGUAAGUUGUCAUGCAUUGCUUGUUCCUUUGCUCUGCCUUUGUUUAUGAGUACUAUUCAAGGUUGGGAUGCACUGCAGUAUCCUUUGUAUGGCUUGGAUUUCGUGUCCUCCUGGAAGGCUUUGCUUCAUGGAGAGGGAAAUAAGUGUUCAACAUCAUCGCCUUAUGCGCAGUUGGUUUUUGAGAUUGUGAGGAUUUCUGGUGCAGAUAAUUGGCAGGCCAAGGAUCCUGAACCCAUGCUUCGGUUUUUAGAGGCUUGGGAGAAGCUGCUGCCCCCUUGUGUCCUUAAUGACAUAUUGGAUCAUUUAGUGUUGCCUAAGUUGAAGGAUGCAGUUGGUGUUUGGGAACCAUGCCGCGACACUCUUCCCAUCCAUGUAUGGGUGCAUCCAUGGCUACCAUUAAUGGGACACAGAUUGGAGGAGUUGUAUCCGACAAUACGUUUCAAGUUGGGUAAUGUUCUCAGUGCUUGGCACCCAAGCGACGCGUCUGCUUAUGCCAUACUCUCGCCGUGGAAGAAUGUGUUUGAUUCUGCAAGUUGGAAACAACUUAUGCAUAGGUUCAUAGUUCCCAAGUUGCAGCUUGUCCUAGAAGAGUUCCAUGUGAACCCUGCAAACCAGAGUGUUGAUCAGUUCAAUUGGGUCAUGAGGUGGGCUUAUGUUAUUCCCAGUCAUAUGAUAGCCGAUCUGAUGGUGAAGUUUUUCUUCCCCAAAUGGAUAACCGUCUUGUUUUACUGGCUGAAAUCAAACCCCAACUUUGAAGAGAUUUUGCAUUGGUACAAGGGUUGGAAAGAAGUCAUUCCAGAGGAGCUUCAAGCAAAUGAAAGCAUCCGCCUUCAGCUCAAUUGGGGUCUUGACAUGAUGAACCGGGCCGUUGAGGGUAGGGACUUGGUCGAACCUUGCCAUGUGGAGCAAAGACAAUCCGAUUUUGAGGCACAGAAAAAAGCAGCAGCAACAGCAGCAGCAAACCAAGCAAACUCCAAUGAGACAAUGAUGAGCUUGAGAGAUGUGAUCGAAGCCUUUGCGCAACAGCACAGCUUGCUAUUUAAGCCUAAACCCGAGAGGAGGCAAGACGGUCACCAGAUAUAUGCAUUGGGUUAUGUAAACAUCAUAGUGGACUCUGUCAAUCAAAAGGUGUAUGCCCGGAAACCAAGAGAGGAAGCCUGGUCCCUCGUAGACCUUGCAACAUUGCUUGACAUGCACAAUAACUCUCUUGCAAGGAGAAGAUGAGUUUGAGAACCAAAUGAUUGGA